AUGAACUUCCUUAAGUCGGCGGUUGCCUCUGCCAUUGCCCAAGGGCCACCGUUCCCUUACAGCUUCGGUGACAAGGUAGACAUCGACGAGUCCAUAUGGACGCUGAACAACGGCACCAAACGAGAAGACGGAUCCAAUUGUAGCAUCUUUUCCUUCGACAUUGUCGCCAACAAGUCUCGACUACCCCUAGCAAAAAAUGCUUUGCGCAAGCUGAGGACGCUACGACAUCCAGGUGUAAUCAAAGUGUUGGAUACUGUGGAGACCGAUACGUACAUUUAUAUUGCGACGGAACGAGUUGUGCCCUUGCGAUGGCAUGUGAAGCGGAAGAGCCUUACACCAGAGACAAUCAAAUGGGGCUUGAGCAGUAUUGCGCGGACAAUCAAGUUUAUCAACGACGAAGCGUCAUCGAUACACGGAAACCUCAGGGUCGGCUCCAUAUACACGUCUGAGAGUGGCGAAUGGAAAACGAGUGGCUUCGAUGUGCUGAGCAACGUCAAGGACGAUGAGGCAGUUAUAUAUACCUACGGCAGUUUGGUUCCCGACUCGGGGCGAUAUGCGCCGCCAGAGCUUGCGCGUGGCGGAUGGGAAGCUAUCAAAAAGAGCCCCCAUUCCGCAGUAGACUCUUUCGGCUUCGGUUGCUUAAUAUUCGAGGUUUUUAAUGGCGACUUCAUGGGGUCCGACCAGGCUGGUCAGACGAAGAGUAUCCCUCCGACAAUGCAGCAGAGCUACAAGCGCCUGGUCAAUCCCAAUCCUAAAGCACGCGUUAGCGUUGGUCACUUCCUAGAGCAGGGCCAACGCAGCGGCUCUUUCUUUGAUAGCCCACUCAUCAAGUUGACAGAGGGGAUCGAGAACCUCGGUGUUAAGACCGAGACAGAGCGGGAGCAGUUCCUGGAUGAUCUUGACCAAAUAACGGAUGAUUUCCCCGAGGACUUCUUUAAGAUGAAGGUUCUCCCGGAACUAAUCAAGUCGGUUGAGUUUGGGGGUGGAGGACCCAAGGCAUUCAGCAUUGUCAUGAAAAUCGCGGCCAAGCUCUCCACCGAGGACUUUGAUUCCAAGAUCACACCAGUAGUUAUCCGGCUUUUCUCCAAUCCCGAUCGAGCCAUCCGUGUCUGCCUUCUUGACAGUCUGCCUCUGAUGAUAGAUCGGCUCACGCAGAAGGUCGUCAACGACAAAAUCUUCCCGCAACUGGUCACCGGUUUCACAGACGCCGCCCCAGUUGUUCGAGAACAAACCUUGAAGUCUGUUCUUGUCAUCAUCUCGAAACUUUCGGAUCGGACAAUCAAUGGAGAUCUGCUCAAGUAUCUCGCCAAGACGGCGAACGACGAGCAGCCAGGUAUCCGGACAAACACAACCAUCUGUCUUGGAAAGAUUGCCAAAAACCUUGGCACGUCUUCGAGGAGCAAGGUCCUCAUUGCUGCAUUUACCAGAUCCCUCCGAGAUCCAUUUGUGCACGCCCGCAACGCAUCACUGAUGGCUCUCGGUGUUACCGGGGAAUGCUUCUCCGACGAAGAUGUCGCCCUCAGGAUCAUGCCGGCGGUAUGCCCGUUGCUGAUAGACAAGGAGAAGGUGAUCCGCGACCAGGCCAGCAAGACGAUGGAUGUGUAUUUGCAGAAAGUCAGAAAGGCGGCGGCCAGUAUGCCUGACUCGGCUCUGCCUCCUCAGGGCGCAGAAGGUCCCGGAGGGCCCCGGAUGAGCACGCCGCAACCCAGCGAGGCUUCCGCAUCCUCCUGGGCCGGCUGGGCCAUCUCCUCAUUUACCAACAAGCUUUCGACAGCAGCGGGGGAGAUGCAGACUUCCAACGGCUCGGGUGCUGCCUCCCCCUUGCCGACCCCGUCCCCAGGCCCAGACGCGAGGAGACCAACCACUUCCUCGGCAUCUGCUUUGCAUCGACAGGCUGUCAAGUCCCCGCCGCCACCGAUGUCACGGACACCUUCGUCGGUUGUUGCGGACGCAUUCAACCCAGAACCCGCCGAUGACGGCGGCGACGUCUGGGGCGACUUGGGAGACGACGAGGGGUGGGGAGAACCGAUUGGCGGAACCAAGUCCUCCACGGGGAAGAGAGAAACAACCGCAAGCGCGACGCCAUUCGAUGAUGGCGCUGAACCUGAUUUUGCUGGUUGGCUAGCCGCGCAAUCGCAGAAGAAGGGUAACUCGAGCAAGCCUCUACCCAAGGGGCUGGCUAAGUCCUCAACGGCAGCGGCAAAGAAGCCCCUCGUGGCCAAGCCAGCAGCCAAGCCUGUGGUAGCAAAGAAAAUAGACAUGAAGCCUAAGCAGGCCGAAGAUGAUGACGACGGUUGGGGCGAGGGCUGGUAG